CGUAGUCACAUGUGUUUCCAGAGUCAACAGCGUGCUUAUUGAUAGAAGUCCAAAACAGACAGUUUUUAAAGGUAAAUUGUCCUUUUCACAUGGCGGUGUACAUUCUAGAAUAACAUAUGCUGUGUCAAAAUGUAUAUAAAAGAUGAACUGUUAAUAUUAUUUGUCUAAUUUCUGCACUCGGAUGUGGUACAGAUACUUAACUGGUUAACCAUGCUUGAUUGUAUUCUUGUAUUUCUUUCUUGAGAUUUAAUGAUCAUUAUAUGGAAUAUUUUAAAUAAAGUCCUCUCUUGGGUCCUGGAGAUACAAUCGAUUACUCCAGUUAAUUUUUGUAAUAUCAUUAUGUCAUUCCGCGGUGGUGGUGGUCGUGGAGGGGGCCGUGGCGGCGGAUUCAACAGAGGUGGGGGACGGGGUGGCGGAUUUGGUGGUGGUCGAGGCGGCGGAUUUGGUGGUGGUCGAGGCGGCGGAUUUGGUGGUGGUCGAGGUGGCGGCAGAGGUGGAUUCAGACAGCAAGACUUUGGCCCACCGGAAUAUGUUGUCGCUCUAGGAGAGUUUAUGCACCCCUGUGAAGAUGAUAUUGUCUGCAGAUGUGUGACAGAGGAAAACAAAGUUCCUUACUUCAAUGCUCCUGUAUACCUUGAAAACAAAGAACAGAUUGGAAAAGUCGACGAGAUCUUUGGGCAGCUUCGCGACUUUUAUUUUUCAGUCAAACUUUCUGAAAAUAUGAAGGCAUCCUCCUUCAAGAAAUUACAGAAGUUCUACAUUGAUCCAAUGAAGCUGCUGCCCCUCCAAAGAUUCCUCCCCAGGCCUCCAGGUGAGAAGGGGCCUCCUCGAGGAGGUAGAGGAGGAAGAGGUGGAGGUGGGAGAGGAGGUGGAUUCCGUGGUGGACGUGGAGGAGGAGGAUUUGGUGGACGUGGAGGAGGAGGAUUCGGUGGACGUGGAGGUGGCAGAGGAGGUGGUGGUGGGUUCAGGGGAGGUAGAGGUGGAGGUAGUGGACGUGGAUUCAGAGGUGGAAGAUGAUGAAGGCCUUAAAGGAAUGGGACAUAUUGUUUUAUCUUCAGAGGAGGCUUCCAAGGAGAAGCCAGAAGCAGCAUUUGGGGUCUUACACAGUCUUUGGACUCUGUUCAUUGAUGCCUCUCUUGUACAGCUGAACAUUUUACUCUGUUUUGUACCAUAUUUGUAUUUUUUCAGCAGUUCAAUUUUAUUUGAUGUACUAAUAGGGCUAUUUUUAAGUUGACAUAUGUCUGUGUACAAGAUGGCAUGUGUCUCCCACAAAAACUUGACUCGUUGGUUUGUUUCCACUUGUGUUUCCACAUUGCUGGAAGAUGACCAGUACCAAUAUAACCAUGUUGUAGUGUGGAAAAAAUAAAUAAAUGGUGAAGCCAACUCUACCGUGAUUAAAUAAUAUAAAAGUUACAUUGCUGUAUUGUAAUUGACAUCUGAAUUUCUGUCAGCUUUGGAAUGACCAUGUAUUUGCUCAUUAAAAUCUAUGGUAUAUUUACAA